GCGGCGCAGGAUGCCGGCCGACCUGAUGGAAAAGAGCAGCGCCUCGCCGGUGGCCGCCACCCCUGCCAGCGUCAACGCGACGCCCGACAAGCCGAAGACGGCGGCGGAGCACCGCAAGUCCUCUAAGCCGAUCAUGGAGAAGCGGCGGCGGGCGCGCAUUAAUGAGAGCCUGGGGCAGCUGAAGACGCUCAUCCUGGACGCGUUGAAGAAGGAUAGCUCCCGGCACUCCAAACUGGAGAAGGCCGACAUCCUGGAGAUGACCGUGAAGCACCUGCGGAGCCUCCAGCGAGCCCAGAUGACCGCUGCACUGAGCACAGACCCCACAGUGUUGGGCAAGUACCGUGCCGGCUUCAGUGAGUGCAUGAAUGAGGUGACGCGGUUCCUCUCCACCUGCGAGGGCGUCAACACUGAGGUGCGCACCCGGCUCUUGGGCCACCUGGCCAGCUGCAUGACCCAGAUCAACGCCAUGAACUACCCUGCACCCCCUCCACCACCCCCACUGCCACCAGCCGCAGCCUUUGGGCCACCCCUGGUGCCACCAAGCAGUGGUGCGGGGCCACUCCCAGGCAUGCCCUGCAAGCCGGGUGCCGAUGCAGCCAAGGUGUACGGUGGCUUCCAGCUGCUGCCGGCUUCCGAUGGGCAGUUUGCCUUCCUCAUCCCCAGCACUGCCUUUGCUCCCGGGGGAGCUGUGCUGCCUCUGUAUGGUGGCCCACCCACAGCUGCCACUGCUGCCUCGCCACCAGGCCCGCCACCCGGCACAGGCGACUCAGUCUGGAGACCCUGGUGAGGGUGGUGGGCACCGGACUGGACUUGGCUCUGCACCCCGUGCUGCUGGCACGGCUGUACAUAGGUUAUAUGUUCAUAUUGGAUUGUGCCUUUGUACCAUAGCACUCCCUUGACAGUGUUUCGUGUUUUACACGAGAUCUUUUUUUUUUUCCUUUCCUCCCCUUCCUUAUGUGAUGCCAAAGAUUGGGUUGGUUU